AUGGCCGAUCGUCACUGGAUUGCCAUCUGCGAUGUUGUGGGACCCAUUGGAUUUUGUUUAACUGCUUUUUCAAGUUCAGUUCUUUUGUUUUUGAUUUUAUCUCACAGCUCUCCUAUUAAAGGAGCAUACAAGAGAAUGCUCAUCGUAUUUUGUAUCUUCACAAUGUUCUAUUCUCUAGUAGAAAUGAUUCUGAGGCCUCUUAUUCAUAUUUAUGAUGAUACACUCUGGUUGAUACAGAGAAAGAUGUUUGACCUAUCGCCCGGUUUGACUAGAUUGAUUCCAAGUAAGACCGAAAAUUUCAUAGAAAUAAGUAGUGGGAAUAUUUCAGCCAUGUAUUGUUGGUGCUACGCAAUGAGCUUUUGCCUGUUUGCUUUACAGUUUUUGUACCGGUACGUUGCAGUUUGCAAACCUCAUUUAGUUGUGUUUUUUACUGGAUGCUACUUCUAUUAUUGGUUAGCUCUUAUCUUAUCACUGGCUACCAGCUGGGGACUAGCUGCUGCUUUUAUGUUUCCUCAAACGAACAGAACCACUGAAAGUUUCCUGUAUGUUAUCAAUUCAUCAUAUGAUCUUGAUCCAUACUGGACCAGCUAUGUGGCAUAUAAAUAUUUCGACACCGAUGAAAACCAUACUAGACAUGUCAAUAUUUUGAGCUUCUUUGGAGUUUUGCAACAUGGUUUGGUUAUAGUGAGUGGUGUAGUUUGUAUACUGCAACAAGUAUUUAAUUUACAGAGCUUGAGCUUUGGAACUCUGUUUUAUUGUGGUAUAAAAACAUAUUUGAAUAUAAAAGAGCAUGUUGGAAUGUCCACGAAAACUCGAAGUUUCCAGCUUCAACUUUUCCGGGCUCUUGUGGUCCAGACUUGCUUGUCAAUGAUGAUGAUGUACAUGCCUAUCGGGUUCAUGUUUUCUUGUCCUUAUUUUGACCUGCAACUUGGGGCAAUUAUCAAUUAUCAGACAGUGAUGGCUCAACUGUAUCCUGGAAUAGAUCCAUUUGUUGUACUUUUAAUAAUAGAUUCGUAUCGAAAAACUAUUUUGUCAAAAAUUUGUCCUGCAAUAAUCUACCGCAGAAACUCUGAACAGACAAGCUCCCAUUAUGAUAUUUCCAUGGGACUCAGUUCCUUGAAAAUCAAACCAUCAUCUUCUUCAACUUUUGCUUCUACGCAGUUCUGA